AAGUAAGUUUUCAUUUAUUUGCAAUUGAUUGCGUUGUUUUCUGAGUCUCUGAGAAAAUAGUAAGAUUUAAAUUAACGGAUCCAAGAUAGCGGUUUUAUCUACUACAUGUGACGUCAUAACAAACAAAAAAGCUUAGGCCCAUCUGCUGAGCAAAAUAUUUUUGAUACAUGUUAUCAAAAUGAAAACUAAGGGGCGUCCAUCCGUUCCCCGCCCGGUGCCAGGGUGAGGAUACGAGUUUGCUUGUACGCAUUAAUUAGCAAUAAUGAGUCAGCCUUCCCGCCCUGAUGAAAAUAGUUAUUUAUCACCUCAUAAUCAAGAUCUUUUAAUUCAUGUGAUAAUUACUUUUCCUAGCUGAUGGCGUUUUCACCAAACACCACAUUCAGUGAAACCAGCCCUUUACCUUAUUUGGCUUGUCUUGUUCCUGGCAAAUCCGUUGAGCUCCAGGAGAAGUUAAGAAACAUCACAAACUCUGUCAUCCUUCCCCUCCACUUGUUAAUGGCGUCGCUAUCCUUCCUUAGUAAUUUGCUUCUUCUUGUUGCUGUUGCGCGAAUGAAGACUCGCCAGCAUCCCUCCCUUAAGCUCCUGUGCAGCUUGGCCAUUAGCGACUUGUUGUGGGCGGUAGUGGGCUUCUCCAGAGGCAUGCGAAAAGCCACAGACAUAUAUCUGUGUCCAACGAAAAGGGAAGAAUACACCUAUACCUCUAUGCUGUGCCUCUUUGCAACUAUGAGUAACCUGGCCGCCAUUAGCAGAGACCGAUAUCGUGCAGUGCGAAGGCCACGGUGGUAUCGGGCUCACAUGACCAAGUCACGUGCGUUGAAAGAAGCCAUUGUCAGCUGGUCAGCAAGUCUCACCCUGGUUAUCUUGGUUUUCGUUUCAUCUCGACUAUUACCAGAAAAAAGAUUUCUUGCACACAUCGUGGGAGUCAUAUUCUACCUUCUUUGCUUGAUCAUAAUCAUUACCUGUUAUGCUGGCAUCUUCGUGUCCAACAGAAGGCACAACAAGCAUAUGUUCCAAAAGGAAAUGCAAUCGCUCGCUGCCUUGAAGAGAGAAAAGAAGCUUGCUUGGACAAUCGGGUUCAUUCUAUUGGCGCUGGGGACUACAUUCCUACCGGCUUUAGCAUGUCCGAUUGUACUAACUACAAUGGGUUAUAGAGGGUUAGCUCCCUUCAGGCCUUUUAUUAUGGUGCUUAUUACUUUUAAUGGAUUAAUAAAUCCCUUGAUAAACUGUGGAAGAAACGAUGCCAUUCGAAGAUCAAUACGGAACCUAUUUGUUUGUAGAAGAGCUACGCGUUGUGUCCCAACGGGGGCAGUCGUUCCUUAA